AUAUUAUUCAAUAGGAAACUGGAGGAGCGCAAUAGGAGGUAUUUUAUUGACACAGCACCCUACUUAUCCCUUUAAUAUCAGUUGGACACCGGAUACUACAACUAGAGGAUGCAUAUCACUUACAUAUGUAACAACAAAUUCGGCAAUCACAUAUUUAAAUAUAUAUGAAAAAGAAAAUAGUACUCCAUUAAUAUCGUACACAAUACCUAGCGGUUAUGAUGGUACUUUACAAACUUUGAUACUGCGAACUAAUGAAUUAUUUUUAAGAAAAAAAACUUAUAAUUUAGUUAUUACCUAUAAAUAUGAUGGAUAUAACAGACUUUUUGGACUUAAGAGAAUAGCUCAAUGCAAUGAAGACGAAGAAGUGUACAAAAUAUCCGGAAAUGAAGUUUCUUCCCUUUUAGCCAAAAAUGAUCGACAAUAUGAAAUGUAUUCCACGACGACACCUAUAUACAAAAUCGAAGAAUUUCCACUUUCAGCCAACAUUUAUCAUUUGGAUGGCUCAAAAUCAGUUGAUUCCGCUCGUGUUUACAAAGAAUGCAAUCAAAACGAAUUUGGCGUUAACUGUUCUGGAACUUGUUCGACACGGGGAACCUUUUGUGAGCGCAUGCUAUUUUGUACUUCACGUGAUGGGUGCUCGUGUGCUUCAGGAUAUACCGGACAAUUUUGUGAUCAAAAAUGUCCUUUGGGAACAUACGGUCGAGAUUGUCAAAAAAAAUGCGGAGAAAACUGUGAUUCGUGUGAUAUCCAUACAGGCAUUUGCCUAAGCGGAUGCAAAAGUAUUUUUAUCUUACCAAACUGCACUGAAAAAUAUCCAUGGCUAAUAGCCCCACCGCAAUUGGUUUCAUCUAACUAUCACUCUGUUAAAUUAAAUGUAAGUUUCGAUAUUGAAAAUAUCGCCGGAAGCAAUGAGAAAACUCCUUUAUACUAUCAAAUAGUUUACAAGCAAGCGUCUAGCAAUUCAGAUUUUAAUAAUUUGAAUGUUAAAAAAAUUGGCGAUUCCAACUACGCCAUUGUAAAUAUCGAUAAUUUACUGUUGGGAACUGAAUACACGUUUGGAGCUGUUGUAAUUGCGGAUGAUGGAAAUUUCAACGAUGAAGAUAUUAACACUGCAAACUACAUCACUCAAUGUCUAAUUCCUGAGAACAUCGACUACGGAAUACAUCUUGUGAAGGGUGCCAAAUAUAUUAAUGUCACUUGGGAAAAGCACAAUAAAAAGGAUAUCCUGGAAUGCGAAAUCGUCAGUUACACGUUGAAAUUGAUAUUUAACCGGAAGUUAAAUAUGUACGAUGUUGCAUAUACUUCAAGUAAUAAGUACGAUUUUGACAACCUAAUACCGGCUCACACAUACGCUAUUCAAGUUACUGCAAUGACAACGCUUGGACCGACUGAACCUUCAGAUUUAUUUUAUGAAACUACUGACGUGCAAGGAUUUAUCAGUAUUCGAAACAUCACUGCUAACCAAAUUGACUCAGAUACGAUUUUACAUUUAACAUGGGAAUUGAAUAACGCCAAUAUAGACACCCCUAUAAGUUACAUGGUCAAAUAUAAGAUUAACCGGCACUAUAGUUGUUCUCGACAAACCGUCAAUAGUAAUUGGACCAAAAUUAUUAUUGAAAAUAUAACUGAAUGUGCAUUGGAUUUAAUACCCAAUACUCAGUACGUCAUAAAAAUAGAACCGAUCACAACUGGUUACACAUACGGCGAAAGUGAAAAUGUAAUUUUCGUACACACAACCACAUCGACACCUAAUUUAGCCCCAGUUCUAGACGUUAGUCAGCCGAUAUAUGUAAACAAUCAAACUGCUUCAAUAAAGUGGUAUGUAGAUAAAGAAAAAUGUAAUAAACUCAACGGGUUUGUAAUGGGUUUCCACGUAGUACUAAAGAAUUUAUUAGACGCGACACAAAUAGUAAAAGAAACAGAGGAACCCGCGGUAAAAUAUACUAAUUUAAAUCCAAAUACCGAUUACGAACUUCGAGUAUAUAUAAAAACCGACAAAGGGUUCAACGUGAACUCUGUGCUGUCAGUGCCGUUCAAAACCAAAUCAAAAUAUUUACCACCCGUAGAGGAGUUGUCCGUUUACAAAAAGAUCUCGAAAACUAGAGAAAUUGGUCUGAGAUGGAGCUAUCCCAAUGAUACCGACAUGAACGGUUUUAUAAUACAAGUAAACCCCAACAGUCAAAAAACCAAUGUUAAACAAAAGACAAUAGAACCGCUUAAAUGUAAAGCAUGGCCGACGAUGUACUGCACAACGGUCGAUAACUUGACACGCAGUACCCAAUAUACAAUUAAAAUUUUAGCAAAGUCUGAAGAUUAUCCAUCAGGAGUACAGCCGGGAUCUAUUAACUUUAAUACUAUGGAUGGAACACCAGACGAACCAAAAAACGUUAAAGCAAUCCAAGUUGGCACCAAAAACGUGACGAUCGAAUGGGACAUCCCUUGGAUGUUUAACGGUGCUCUAAACUCGUUCAUAAUCAAUGUGGAAGAAGUAUCUUCCUUAGAUGUUGAUUCGUGUUGUGCAAGUUUUCCGGUUAUGGAGUUACAAGUGACUGAAGAGUUACCAACAUACAACUACACGAUAAAUGACCUGAAACCCGGCUCAACUUAUACAAUUGGAGUAUCGUCGAAGACUUCGUGGUAUAGUCAAGCAAACAAAGUACACGUGACAACGUUGGUAGACACAACAGCUGUCUUACCGUCGGAAGUAAUUGAGAACAAUAGUACAGAAACAAACUGAUGUACAGUGAAAACUAUUCAUAUAAAAAAAUAUAAACAAAAUUAUUAAGAUAUAUCUUUACAUUUCUUUUAAUAUAAUCUGUAUUGUUAAUGAGAUUAUUACUUA